AUGGCGAUUGAAACCAAGCCCGUUGAGCUCUCGUCGGACACCGUUCCAUUAGGCUCUGGGCUGCCCACGCGGGAAGAGUUACUCGUGCACUAUCCUGCGAACUUCACAUGGCACCAAAUGAAAAUAUUUGUCAAUUCCGGCGAUCUGGGGCUGCUUAAGAGGAGUAAAAAGCUGCAGCAGCGAUACAACGAGUGGGCGGAAGGUGUCAAGAAGGAGUACGGGUCUAUUGUCAACUACUUGCUUUCCUAUCGACUGCAAUGGGGCCAUCCCGACACUAUUUCCUUGCUCCGAUCAUCCCUCGAUCCACCUGCGGAGCCCAACAUUCCUGCACCCUCUGAGAGCAAGACCCGACCUAUUGGUGUACUCCCACCCAUGCCCCCAGAUGCCCCUGCGUACUUCCAUGCGGACAUGUCCAAGGAGCUGUACUACGUCGCCAUGAACGACUGGCCGUACUCAGUUCCCCCGGAGAUCGAGCACAGUCUCAUCUGGUCGCGCGUGCCCUUCUUCCCGCCCGACCUGCCCUCCCCGGUGGAGUCCAGGAUCUCCGCGCGUCUCCUUCAGGACGGCCUUUGGGGCUUCACCGGCCUCGACUCUCCACCACCGUCUCCUAGUCUCUUGCCUCAAGCCUUGCCUGCGCUAGAGCCUUGGGGAGUUACGAUGGACAAGCUCAUCAGGUCCCCCCGUGGUACCGACGAGGAGGAGCGGCAGAUCAAGGAGUACGGCAAGGAGAUUGAGACGUUCGUCAAGCGCAGGUGGAACGAGCACGAGUGGGAGACGGCUUGGUUCCUGAAUCCACCCAGGCUUCAAAGCGUACCAGGUCUCGCCCAUGUCCACGUCUUCGCGCGUCACAAGUCUCCCGAGGAGAUAGCACGAGCCACUGCCACUAGCGAUCCCUGA